UUUUAUUUCCCCACAAAAUAAAUAUUUCUAAUUUUAAAAUAGGGAGAUCUUCGGGUUCCACAUUUUACUCCUUUUUCACCUUUUCUUCAGAUUUUCCCUAAUAUCUUCUGACGAUAUUGUAUUCAUUCUUUCACCAAAAGAAAGAUGGCCCCUUUGAAACCCUAAUUUCCUCACAUUCUCGCUCUGAUUUGCCCCCAAAAACUCUCGCAUUGCAGUCAAUUUUCUGAAAAUUGAGGCGCUUCAACUUGCAUGAAGGACUCCUGAGCUACUGGCCAACUAUGGUGACUGUGUGUCAAACGUGUGGCGACAGAGGUAUCGAAGAUGCUUUGCUUUUCUGUGACAAGUGCCAGAAUUAUGCUCUUCAUCGUUAUUGCCUUAAUGUACCAGCAGAAAAUAUUUUUGAUGAAGAUCUGACUUGGCUUUGUGAGGAUUGUGAUCCAAAGAUUGUAAAGCUUUGUAGAAUUGAUAAAUCAGUAAGAUCAAUGGAAAUUUGUCAUAACAAGAAGUUCAAGAAGAGGAGGAAGAAGAGUAAAAGAAAGACUUUACCUAUAUACGGGGCUAAAAAGAAGGUGCAGAAAUGUGCAGGGGCGAAGAUGAAGGUGCAGAUAUGUGAAGGGGCUAACACGAAGGUGGAGAUACAUGAAGGUAGUCCCUCUGAACAUGAGGCCGAGGGUAGUAAUGAUUGUGAUAAUGGUCAGAACCUUGGUAGUCAGUGUGACGAGGUUCGUGAGGAUCAAUUGAAUUCCUCUGAUGACGUUGCCAAAUCUGUAAAAACUUCUCUAGUUACUACUUCCGACCCUUUAAAUACCUCAGAAAUAAUUUGUUAUGUUGCUGCACAGCCUAUUAUUGAUCCAGUCUGGAGGGGUAGCCUCAGCAUAUUCAACAAAGACUUCAACAUUGUUAGUGGACUUGUAGCCCAUCUCUCUAGCUUAGCCUGUCCAAAAGUACGUGAGGAGGCAGAAUUGCUACCGUUACUGCUUUUUCCAGAAUUGGUUAAUAGAACAGAUGUGUGGCCCAAAGCUUUCGAGAAGUGCGGACCUAACGAUCAGAGUAUUGCUCUUUAUUUCUUUUCUGAUAACGAAAGAGAUGAGAAGGAUUUUGACACCAUGGUGGCUAGCAUGAUCCAGGAUGAUCUAGCUAUGAGAGCUGUGCUGGACGAUGCUGAGCUCUUAGUUUUCACGUCAAUCAUACUGCCAGAGCAGUAUCGGAGAUUUCAGGCAAAGUUUUAUUUGUGGGGAGUAUUUAGGGCUAAGCAAAUUCCGCAGUUAACAAAUAAUAACGUCGGGGUCGAGGAGAAUGACGUUGCAAAGCCGUUAACCUGUUAUGGGCAGAGUCCAGUUAGUACGUUGAGCAACGAUGUAGAAAUUACUUGUGCUGCUGUACCUCUUAAUUCCUAUUGUCCAUCGGUCAUGUGAUUGUUUGUAAUCAAACCCUGUAUAUUGUGUUUAGUUUAACCUCAAGAUGUUCAUAAUUUUAGUGAUGCAUGGACGUGGUUUUGAAGUGCUAGACUUGUUGUCCUGCCUUUUAUAUUUAGGGCAGCUUUGUUCCUGAUGGAUAAUAAUUAAUUGAGAAAGUUGCACAUAUACCACGUGGACUUUA